AUGGUAGAGCGCUCGCUUUGCAUGCGAGAGGGUACUUUGAAUAACUUGGGUUUAUCUAAGCAAAAUGGCUGUAUGCCUCCUCUCAAACGAAAGCAAUUAUCAGGAUGUCAAAAUAGAAAAAGGUCUAAGAAGAUAGAAGAGUUCAAAAAAUCUCUUGCUGGAUCUCUUGAAAAAUAUGUUGUUAAAACAAGUGCAGCCGCGGUGGUGGAUAAUGUGAAUGUUGUAAUUACAGAUACAGUGGAAAAUGUUAACCAUACACUUGCCGAAAAUGUUGCCGAAAAUGUGGAUACCGUGGGCCUGGCAGAUGGGGGAGAUGUACACGAAGCAAAUGAGAAUCAUAAUAAUGUGAAUAUUAAUGAACAGGUAAAUGACAUGGAUGGUCAUAAUACAACUGAGUUUAACAUGGAAGAACCCAAUCAAGAUAUGUUUGAUCCAAAAAAUUGCGGUAAAAUUGAUCAAAAAAUGAUUGAUUUCUUAAUUGAGAACGGUCCAAGAAGGGUUGAAGAUUAUGUCUUUCCUUAUGAUAAAUUUCGUAAACGUUUUUCUAGAAAGCAUUAUACCCGUAAAAUGACAAACUGGGAGAGGCAAGACAGGAUAUGGCUUGUAUAUUCAACUUCUUUAAACAAAGUAUUUUGCUUCUGCUGCAAGUUGUUCAAAAGAGAUGAUUCAAUACAAUUUGCUGACAUUGGAUUUGAUGAUUGGAAUAAUCUUAGUGGAAGACUUAAGAAACAUGAAACUUGUUCUGAACAUGAAGAGUGUAUGAGAAAGUGGAUUCAUCUAGAAUUAAGACUGAAAAAGAAUGAAACCAUUGACAAACAGGUGGAAGAACAAAUCAACAAAGAGAAACAACGUUUUAUAGAAAUAAUGGAUAGUGUAAUGGAUGUUGUGAUGUAUCUUGCAAAAAAUUGUUUAGCAUUUCGUGGCGAGAGUGAUAAGAUCUUCACAAGAAAAAUGGUAAUUUUCUGA